AUGGACCAAGAUGAAUCGUAUCGUUAUCAGCCUCUGCCACCUGUUGUUGAGCAAAAUCGUCCACCGCCUUUCACACGGCUGCUGUUGCUCAACCCAGGGUCAGCUGAAGACCCUUUCGAGGCGCACCUGGAGCUUGUCCACAUCGAGCAAGCUCCUCCCUACGAAGCCCUGUCAUACACUUGGGGCAAGCCGACAGAACAACCGAGAGACUACAUUUGGCUCGACGGCCAUUCAUUACCCAUCAAACCAAACCUCGAAGAUGCGUUACGGUCACUGCGUUUCCCGAACCAAGCUCGGCGUCUCUGGGUUGAUGCUCUCUGCAUUGACCAGUCGAACCUGGACGAGCGCGCUCGUCAGGUUCAAUACAUGAGGCUAGUUUACAAGCAUGCCGCCCGUGUCGUUGUUUGGCUGGGUCUCAAGACUAGUGGAACUCAUGAAGCAUUGCAAGCUGCGGAGAGGAUUGCUAGACCCAGAGAAUACACAGACCCGGCUCAUAGCGCAGCGGAUAGUGCUCCGCCUGACUCGGAUACUCUUCAGGCUCUAGUCUCUAGCAUGAUGGAGGAUAUCCCUGAGUCUGCCAUGACGAAUUUGGAUGAGGUAUUUCAACGGCCGUACUUCACUCGCUGCUGGUGCGUCCAAGAGAUUGUGGCGUCGUCCUGGGCCAUAGCCAAGAUUGAGGAUUUGGAGAUGUCGUUUUUCGACCUGAUCGCAUCAUCCUUAUUCCUCGUACAAUUGAAACAAGAAGUGGCGGUCAACGCACCAUGGGAGCUAUGGAACAACAUCUUAAUGGUCCGGCAGCCCAAUCAUCCAGUGUAUCAGACAGAGGUGCAAGGUUCUCUGGGCGGCUUUCUGCACCUUCUGGAACUCACACGAACCUUUCAGGCGACCGACGACCGCGACAGGAUAUUUUCUUUGCUGGGGAUCUGCGACGAGGGGAUCAAUCCUAUACUGGCUGUGACAGCGACUGCGAGUGGCCAGUGCGACUUGGCCAGGUUUCUCCUCCGCAAGACACCGCGGGUGCUGGACGUCCUUGACCAUGUUUCGCACAACGAGGAGCCUGGUACGGGAGAGUACCCGUCUUGGGUACCCAAAUGGUUCGAGGGAAGAACGUGUCUCGUCUUCAGAGGAGUCUUCUUUACUGGGUUCUACUCAAAAGGCCGCACUGAUCCAUACCUGGCCGAUCUACACGAUAUUCCCGCGGUAGCUGAGCCAGUGCGACCACGGGUCCUCUCUGUCGAUGGAUACCAUGUGGACGUCGUGGACAGGAUGAGCGACGUAUUUGAGUUUGUUUCCGGGUCAAGGCUCGCAGGAUUUGCCGUUAUCAAGGCCUGGUUUGACCUCUGCGGCGUGCCCAUCAACCCCAGGAGGGGAGCAUUAUACCGCGACGGAAGUUUGCUCGACAUGGCGUUCUGCAAGGAAGUCUUGGGCAGUUUCUUUGGGGCAUCCAUCGGAUCCAACUACUCCUCGAUGAUGCAAUAUGGCGGGUUCUCCAUGACCUUGGAUCAAAGCUUGUUUGGGUCUGUCGAAGAAAUAAAGCUCAAUACACUGGUCAAAGAUCUUUCUGAGAAUUUCCUGGCCUUCACAACCUUCUUGGCCGAGUCUGGAGUCGUGCAAGAGUCGUUCGGAGAGCCCGAGCGCGACAGAAAACUUGUGAGCUUCUUGGUAGGGGUCGCUGUUGCUGCCAACCACCGCCGCGUCUUUGUGACUCGAGACGGGCGCUUAGGGAUCGGCCCCAAGAUGAUGCGGCCCGGGGACGAGGUCAUUGUGUUGUUUGGAGGUCGCAUGCCUUUUGUCGUGCGCCGAAGGGAGAAUCACCAUCUUCUUGUGGGAAGUUGCUAUGUCAAUGAUGAUGAGCUUAUUUGGGGAAAAAUCACGGAUAAUGUAAAGCACAACCGAGGCGGUCCUCGGACUGUGACUUUUGAGUUUCAUUAA